GUAACUAACUGGCAGUCUUGUACUUUGGAUGGAAUGAACCAGGAAGAAUGAAGUUUCCUGGUACAGACAUACAACUUAGAUAUGUAAUGAAAUGGACUACAGGCAAGUGUUAUUCUGGGCAAAAAAGGAAUUUUAAAAAAAGGUCAUUGUCAGGAUUUACAGUAUUUUGAAAUGGCAAUCCAGAUUCUCAAAUAAGUGACACAGUACUUGCAAACAGCAAUAUUGGUCUUUAAAUGGUAAAUGCUUUUGGACCCAUCACAAUGAAUGUUCACCAGCAAAUUUCUAUUCUGAAGUACUUUUUAAUGAUUUUCAAUGGAAUUUUCUUGAUAUUAGGAAUUGUUAUUCUUGGAUGUGGGUUAUGGAUUUUAUUUGACACUAACAGUUUCCUAACAACACUUACCAGUACUACAAAUGGAACACUCAGUGCUUUAGGAAUUAUUGGUUAUACUUUUCUGGGAAUUGGAUUUUUUACUGUACUGGUUUGCUUUUUCGGAUGCCUGGGUACUUACAAAGAAGUUAAAUGUCUUCUGAUUAUGUAUAUGGCAUGUUUGGUCUUAAUAUUUUUGGUACAGAUACUGCUGUUGCUUUCGGUGUUUUUUACAAAGAGUGAUAUUGCUAACUUAUUGGAUACGGAAAUAAAUAAAAUCAUAAUCAAUUCUGGAAAUGUAAGUGCCACAGAUUCUGAUGAAGUUGAAUGGAAACUGUUCGACCUAGUGCAAAAAUCUUCAGAAUGCUGUGGAAAUAACAACUUUACAGACUGGAAAAGGAACAAGUACAUUGAAUCUUCUUCUUUGAAUGACACAGUUGUUUUGCCUUGUUCAUGCAUCAAAUCAUCCAAGUCAGAUGACAUGCUCUUCUGUAAAAUUUCACCAGAUUCUGAUAAUUAUUACAAGAAGGGUUGCGGAGCAAAAAUAGAAGAAUGGUUUUCAACGAAUAUCCUUUCAAUCUUAGGAAUUGAAAUUGGAUUGGCAGCAAUCGAGAUAUUUCAGUUCACGUUUGCUUUGGUUUUAUAUAAACAAGUUAUUAGAAUUGGAACGCUUUAGCAGAAAACUCAGAAGUCAAGCAAUCAUACACUAAUCUGAAGAUAUGGACAUAAAAUGCUGGAUUGUCACCCUUUUACAUUUUUAUAUUCAGUUAAUCCAAAAUAAUUUUUGCUGUUAGUAAACAAUAUAAUCUGUAUAUUUGCUCUUACAGUUGUCUACCUGCGUCCUGUAACUAUUUAAAAAAUAAAAAUUAAAUAUUAUACAAUUGCACAUGAAUAAACAUAAACAGAUGUUAACUACUUGAGUAAAUAUUUGGGAAUAGCCGGUCCAUUGGAGAAAUUUAAAAUGAGGUCCUCUUGUGUAAAGUAGGGGAGUUUCAAUCUACUCCCAAAUACAAAAACUUACAAGGUUUACCCUAAGGACAUAGUAGUAUAAUAAAAUGAUAUACAUUUAGCAUUUAUGUUUUGUGAUUGCCAUCAUACUAUAUUUUCCUGGCAGUUUACACAUUAGCCAAAUCAGACAUCACAAUUCCAUGUUUCCCUUAAUAAAAGGGAAAUAAAAGUAUGAAAACAAUUCAAGUAAUUUGGUACGGCUCUCCUAUUAUUCUUCUUGUUGCAGAUUAUCUCCCUUUUCAUUGAUUUUUCAGUCUUGAUUAUAUAAACAAUUCACAAGAAAUUGGGCUAGAAGAUUAAAGUGGAUGUUCUAGUAGAGUGACUGUGUUUGGCAAAAUUUUAUAUAGAAGAUAAUCCACUUGUAGUGUGUGUGUUACAAAUUGGAAAACAUUAGCUUUAGAUAUUUAAAAAUAAAUGUUGCUAAACAAUCUUUACAGACAGAUAUAACAUUAUAUUGUACAACAUAAGGUUGUAUCAUUUGUAUACUCCAGUUUAGACUGCAUCUAGAUCUUAUUUCAGUGGCACCUUGGGAGGCAGAGCAAGAAGGCUGCUCCAUUCAAUGUGUUUUACAGAAAACAGGUGUGAUGUUAUGUUAAUCUUUCUUUAACUGCAGCCAUAUCAUUUUUGUGCUACUUCAUCUUGACUAUUUAUGUUGAUAAAUGUGUGUGUCUUCAGGAUAUAAUAUGGAAUAACUGAAUUUACAUUGAAUAUGCUGUUAGUAUACAGUACACAACACCAACAGAGAAAUAAAUACAUGGAAAUAAGCUAUUGUUGCAACAUUAUAUAAUAAAUCAACCAAGCUACAUCAAUCCAUCUUCUAAAAAAUGUCUGUAAGACAGGGGCCAAACUUUACACAGCACUAGUC